UGCACCUAUAUAGUACAGUAUUGGUCGCAAAUGUUUACCGGCAAAUUCCUGAGAUACUAAACUACACUGCCACCAUGCAAUCCAGACACUGCCUUUCUACCAAAAAUCUCUCAUGGACCCCACGUGUCCACAUCUCCUGCCUCCGUCCACCAAUCUCCACAGUCAGAUUCUCCACAAUCUCGGCCGUGGCAGCAGCCCCUCCAAGAUCUCACAAAACCCACUCAAUGCCACCCGAAAAGCAAGAAGUGUUCAAGUCACUGGAAAACUGGGCUACCAAAGAUGUCCUACCACUACUAAAACCAGUCAAAGAGUGCUGGCAACCCCAGAGUUUUUUGCCAGACCCGGCUUUGCCAGUGGAAGAGUUCAAUGACCAAGUGAAGGCCCUGAGACAACGCACGGCGGAGCUGCCUGAUGAGUAUUUCGUGGUGCUGGUGGGGGAUAUGAUUACGGAGGAAGCAUUACCAACGUACCAGACCAUGAUCAAUACGCUGGAUGGUGUGAGGGAUGAGACUGGGGCUAGCUUGAGCCCUUGGGCUGUUUGGACCCGGGCUUGGACUGCUGAGGAGAACAGGCAUGGGGAUUUGUUAAAGACUUACUUGUAUUUAUCUGGGAGGGUUGAUAUGCUUAUGAUUGAGAAGACUCUGCAGUAUCUGAUUGGAGCUGGAAUGGAUCCUGGAACCGAAAACAACCCAUACUUGGGAUUCGUGUACACCUCUUUCCAAGAGCGAGCCACGUUCGUAUCCCACGGCAACACAGCUCGUUUAGCCAAGAAAGGCGGUGACCCAGUCCUCGCACGCAUAUGCGGCACCAUCGCAGCGGACGAGAAACGCCACGAGCUCGCCUACUGUAAGAUCGUCGAAAAGCUACUCCAAGUAGAUCCAACGGGAGCAAUGCUAGCAAUCUCUGAUAUGAUGAAGAAAAAGAUAACAAUGCCAGCUCACUUGAUGUUCGACGGCGAGGACCCACAGCUGUUUGAGCACUUUUCAGCUGUGACACAGCGGAUUGGAGUGUAUACGGCCGAUGAUUAUGCUGAUAUUUUGGAAGCUUUGAUUCAACGGUGGAGAUUGGAGAAGUUGGAAGGGUUGACGGGUGAAGGGAGGCAAGCACAGGAUUUUGUGUGUGGGUUAGCGCCUAGGAUUAGGAAGUUACAAGAACGAGCUGAGGAGAAGGCUAAAAAGAUGGAGCCUCAGGGAGUGAAGUUUAGUUGGAUUUUCAAUAGGGAGAUUCCGUUGUAGAAAAAUGAGUGAGGCGGGUGUGCUUUUGUUCUUGGUCAACUACUCUGUUUUUUCUGUUGCAUUUCCCAAUUCCCAUCUUCUUUCUAAUACUUGUCAACUAGCUGUUUUUGUUGGGUAACCAACCUUGAAUUUUAAAAAGACAAAUAUUGGAAUUUGAAAGGGAAAUUAAUGGGUUACAGGAAAUAAUAAAAUGGAAAAAAAAAAAAAAGGUUAU